UCCUGUUUUGGUUGCUUGUCCCACUAGAUUUGCCGUAGUACAAUUUCCUCUGCGGCUUUACUUCUCUUAGCGCAUUUGGCUACCACCGACUGCUCUCUUUAAUGAUGAAUUGAACACAAACAUUAUAUUUUACGUUAUAUCAUUAGACUACUCGUUUGGUACCGUAACAUUAUGGCGUCUGCGUUUGUUGUCGGAGAUCACUUCAAGAUGGGUGUGACGGAACUGUUGGAAAAGACAGACUCUUCUCUGCCUGAAGGACUGAGACAGAAACUGAAUGUUAUUGUAGAAAAGACAGGACAAACAACGCUGCCGUUCAGUACAGCGAGACAAUUAAACAAGUACUUGAAGGAUCAAGGGUAUCCUUUGUAUUUGCAUGAAUUGCUAGAGGACAGCUCACUGCACCUACCUGGAUUUGUCAAGCCACCCAGAAAUCCUGAGCUGGUCGCACGCUUGGAGCUCAUUAAAGCCAGACUAGCAAAUGAAGAAUACAACAAGAUGACGCGUAAUGUAAACAAUCAGGAAAUGAAUCGAAAUGGAACACUGGCAGAUUUUGGACGGGAAGUACGAUCAGCUAAAGCGGUGGUUGUGACCGUUUUCAACUUCCUGGUGACAGUCGUUGCUACAUUUGCAUGUUCCUACAUGGGCAGUCAGUACCUGUUCACAGAAACAACACCUCGAGUCGUGUCUGCUGUGAUUGCAACGUCUGUUGUCGGUCUUGCUGAGCUGUUUGUCCUAGUCCGGACCAUGGAGGGAGAACUCGGGGAACCCUAGCACAACUAACAAGGGCAUGACGCUCAAGUCAGGGAGGAAAAGCUGCAAAUAGAAGCAUAAGGUCAUUGACAGUGUCUCAAAUGGAAUACUUACGUCAGUAUGUCAAUAAAUACUGCGUACACUCUGGCCACACAUUUUGACAGUGUAGUGCUGUACCAGAUUCAUUAUUAUUUUUGCUUAUUUAAGGAAAUGAAAAUUACCAACAACUUUUUCUCUCCUUUAUAAUUGUGAAUUGCUUACUGUAGCCAAAUGGUGACGAUUGAUUUCCAUACCUGCACACUCACAAUUUUGACCAUUUUCAGUGCAACAUAUGGUUACUGGCCGUGUAUACACCUACAGAACCUUCUCAUAGGAAUGCUUAUUUUUGUUUGAAAGAUUAGUGGACUGUGUUUGGGGGAAUUGACAAUGAAAAAUCUAUGUUGUCUUUUGGCAGAAUUGGUGAAAAAGUGAGUGAUUUAAGGUACUAUGAUUCUACUAGUGAUUAUCAUGUUCAGUUCAUUUGCUUUCCAGAUUUCUAGAUGAUAUCUAAAAAUAUAUUUUGAUUGUCCCUUUAAUGUUUUUCCACAUGCUGUGGUCCUGUUCCACUCUUCCUGUAUAUUAUUUCCUGAAACGACAUCCACUUCUCUUGUAUUUAACAAAUCCCAAACAAAAUGUACACAGCUCACUUUCUUUAAAUUCCUAUUUCUGAUCAUUAUUGUACCAAUAAAAAACAAACAUGCACA